CCCGCCAGCUCUCCCUGCAGGCUCCGCCGCCCGACCCUCGUGCCCAGCCCCAUGGCCCGCACCGCCACCCCCGCUGCCUCCUGCGCUCCCCGGCUCCUCCGGGCGGCGCUGCUGCUCCUGCUCCUGGUCACCGCCGGCCGCCUCUCGACAGCGGCGCCCGUGGUCGGUGAACUGCGCUGCCAGUGCUUCCAGAAACUGCAGGGCAUCCACCUCAAGAACAUCCAAAGUGUGAAGGUGACGUCCCCGGGACCCCACUGCGACCAGACCGAAGUCAUAGCCACUCUCAAGAAUGGGCAGGAAGCCUGUCUCGACCCCACAGCCCCCAUGGUUAAGAAAAUCAUCGACAAGAUGCUAAACAAGGGCGACACCAACUGACCUAGAGAGGAGGAGGUUUCCAGGUUACUUUUCCUGAAGGCGGUUCUGUCUUAGAAGAAUCAAAGUGGAAGAGAAACAGAUGGCUCCUGGGGACACAUGGAAUGUGUUUAAUGUGUUAGACUGCUUCUUAUGAGAGUCCUUCUAUUUACUUAUUUAUAUAUGUAUUUAUUUAUUUAUUUUCAAAGCCUGUAUAUAUUGUUCUUUCUUAUAUUUAAAGAUAUGGACAUAUGGAUGUGUUUGGUAAUUCACUUCGUUACUAUAAAAGGUCAUUUUUACGUUAAAUCAAAAUUAGUUCAGUCUUGACUAUUUUCUAAAUUAGAGAUCAUGGGUUUUAAGUGUUCUUCAUUCAUUAAACUAAUAUUUUUGUUUGGCGGGGGGGAACUCCACCAAGCCAGACACUAUGACAGAGGCUGAGGAUACAUAGUGGGGGCCCAGGUAGAUAGAUCACCAUUAAGGUAGGGGAAUGUGUGUGCAUAUCUAUUCUUGUAACUGUUUAGAAGAAUGUCAGUUGCUAUUCACUGUGGUCAACAUUUCUGAUGUUCAAUGUUUUAAUUAUCCCUUGGACAUCUUAUGUCUUCCUUGUAAGGCAUAAUGCCUUUUGUAGUAAUAAUUAUGCAAUGUUU